AUGGGAUCCAAGACCAAGAAAGAGCAGGAUGAUACCUUCAAUGUCCUCGAAGAAAUCACUGAAAUGCAAGUAGACGAAGAAGAGAAAGCCCGUCUUGCUGAAAAGGCCGAAAAGAAGAGACUCAAGAAGGAGAUGACCAAAGAGGAGAGACAAGCUCAACGUGAGAUCAACAGAAAAAACAGAGAAAAGAAAAAGUCCAAGAAGGAUUUGAACAAGAAGAGAAAGAGAGGAGAAUUGACAGACGAUGAAGAAGAAAAGGACGAUGAGGAGCCCAAAGAACCAGUGUUGGAUGCAGAUGGCAAUGUCGUUGAGCCUGUCAAGAAGCCCAAAGCCGAAAAGAAAAAAAAGGAGAUGGAGUACGGUAUCUGGGUGGGUAAUCUCUCUUAUGGAACCACUUUGGCUACAAUCAAGGAAUUCUUCCAGGAGUGUGGCGAAAUUACUCGUAUCAAAUGUCCCAAGGGAAAUGGAGCCAAAAACUACAACAAGGGUUUUGCAUACAUCUUCUUCUCCACACCUGAAGAAGCUGCCAAGGGUGUCGCCAUGUCAGAAAAGAAAUUGGAAGGUCGUUCACUCUUGAUCAAGGAUUCCGAGAAUUUUGAGCGUGCUGAUGGAUCCAAAGCACCCACAGAAGCUGAAAAGAAAGAAAUCAAAAAGCAAAAGAACCCACCUUGCCCUACCCUUUUCCUCGGUAACCUCAGUUUCGAUACCACUGAAAAGUCGAUCCGUGAAAAUUUUGAAUGGGCAGGCGAGAUCCGUAAAGUGCGUGUGGCUACAUUUGAAGAUUCAGGCAAAUGUAAAGGCUUUGGUUACGUCGAUUAUCAUGAAGUGGAAUCUGCUACAAAGGCCAUUCGUGCUCCUGAUAAGCACAUGUUGGAUGGGCGUAAAGUGCGUGUCGAAUUUGGUAGUGCUGAAGCUCACAUGAGAUCAAAACCUUGGUUAAUGCGUGAAAAGCAAAGGACAGAGCGCCCUCACAACACAUCCACAAAUGCAGCCGCCGAUUCCACAACAGCACCAGCAACAUCUGAAGAGACUCCUUACAAGAGACAAAGAAGAGAGUAUAAUGAAGGUGGUGAAAACGGUGAAGAAAAGAGAGAGUUCAGAGAGAGACGCCCCAAGAAGGCCGUCAGUCAUGAAAAGGUGAAGCCAGGUCAAGCAUUGUACGCUGCACAGAGACAAAAGCCCUCUGUGCAAGAAUUUAAGGGCACCAAGGUUACAUUUGACUAG